CCUUUUCUAUUCUUGAGCGCUGCCACACUCCCAUCGGUUUGCCAUACUUCGACAUCAAAACCUGUUUGCCCAGAAAAUCUUAUUCAAGACAGGUGCUAUCAGUGAAUCCUCCAGUGUUGCGGCUUUGGCUUUAUUGAACAAGGAGAGGUCACCAUGACGUCGGUUGGUUCUCGUUGGAGCAGACCGUUGUUACGAUCGGUAUCUCGACUUCGGGGGCCGACCGUAGUCAACCGCCCGGAAGUCACCGUGACAAUAUUUACGCGCUGUAUGGGAGGAGGGCCCCGAAAUCCGGAACAUAGAGGAACAAAUGGUAAAAAAAGCCGUCCUUGGGAACGGGAGGAAGUUAAGUCUCGUCCUCCUAGUCGUCGCAAACAGCGGCAACUCGCGGAACCACCCUCGCCGACCAGACACUCAAAGUUUCUGGACGUGCCCAUUCCUUCAAGUGUAAUGCCGUACGUUGAAAAAAUGACAGCCUACGUCAAGGAAGACUGGCUGCUUAAAUUCCCAUUGGGAGCCAGGAUUCGACGGCUGCAAAGGGAUGUGGCCUGGAGGAUGAAUAGAAGGAUAUCUCCGGGAAAAUUGCCCUACGAACAUCUCGUACCGGUUGUUGGGUACUGGAAGAAAAACGAUGUCGUCGAUAUAGUAUUGAAACCGGAUGGAGAGCUUUUGGUUAGACCUCUGGCCAAUGAUGAAAGGACGAGCAGGAUCCAAGCAAUGGCGAACGAAACAUGGACGAAACGAAAGCUUUCAGGUCUGAUGACAAAGCCUAUAUCCGAGCAUGUACAGGACCUCACUCCUCAGUUGGACUCAUUCUUUUUCAAAGAGUGCCUCCCUCAAUUGAGUGGUGGUAUAACGGUCCGAAAAUUGCGCCGAAAGAUGGCCUAUUCCGAACUCGGCAAAAACAAUCCGAACCUCUUGUCGGAUUCGGCACUGAUUCCGUUUGUGGGACACUGGAAGGAACUUGGUCUUCUUCGAACAAUACGGUAUGGAAAGAAGCAGGAAAUCAUUAUGUUGCCUCCCAAAAAGGCCAAACAAAAGAAAAACAAAGCACGAAGACAGAAAGAGGCGGACGCUAACGAAGUUGAUUUGGAGAGCAAUUCCGACGCAGGACCGGAAUGUGAUUUCAACGCAACAUCGGAGAAUCAUUCCAACGCAAUGUCAGGAAAGAAUUCUGACGCAUUGCUGGAAAUCAUUUCCGACGAAGAGGCUGGAAAUGGUGGAGUCGGGAAAGGGUUCUGA